UAUUUUCCAUUUAACUGAUUUGAAUAAGCGGAAAAGGAUUGGAUCAGCUUCUCUCUCUCUCUCUCUCUUUCUUCGAUCUAUUCUAUUAUGUUCUUUUGAUAUAUUUUUAUUUCGACAUUACUACUGUAAGAAUACACAGCAACCACGCACAAAUACAACAGCACGUUAUGGACGAAAAAAAUAUACCAUCUGCGCAUGAAAAAAUACAAAUAGACGGCGGCAGCAGCAGUGGUGGUGAUGACGAGCAUCCUGCUUCUUUUGUCAUUCCUGAUGCAUCGACUACUAGCGACAAUGGGACAGCAGUAGUAAAAACUAUGAUUACGGUCCACGAUAACAAUGAUGACUACGAUGACGAUGAUGCUCAAACCAAAGCUGCUUUUACUAAGAAAUGGUGGGAAUUCUGGAAAACUGAACCUUCGGAUGUUGAUCCGCUUACGUUUUCCACAGCCAAAAAGUACAUGAUUCUUUUCAUUAUUGCAUCUGCCGGUACAAUGGCGCCAAUUUCUUCCACAGUCUAUUAUCCAGCACUAGUAAAUGUGCAAGAAGCCUUCAACACAACGGAUACAGCAGUCAAUGCGUCAGUGUCGUUAUUUGUAUUCGUUACUGCAAUUUGUCCGUUGAUGUGGGCGUCAUGGAGCGAUAGGGGAGGCCGUCGAAACAUAUACCUGCUGUCGUUUGCAAUUACAGUUGUUGGAACAGUUCUUUGUGCAGUAUCGGUAAACAUUGCCAUGUUGAUUGUUUUUCGUGGUAUCAGUGCUGUCGGUGCAUCCUCUGUUCAAAGUAUGGGGGCUGGUACUCUUAGUGAUAUAUAUGAUUCACAUGAACGAGGUCGUGCUUACGCAUGGUAUGUCCUUGGACCUAUCAUGGGACCAGCGAUUGGACCUAUCAUCGGUGGGUUUCUUACAGAAGCAUUUGGAUGGAGGGCCACAUUCUGGUUUUCCGCAUCCUUCGGGCUCGGUAUCUUCCUUUUAAUUUUAUUUUUUCUACCGGAAACAUUCCGACACAAGGAGAAAGUACAAGCGAUUGCAGAAGAAGAAGGCAUAGAAAAUGACAACAGAAGUAAGGAGUUGACAGAAAAGAAACGCAAGCACAAGAUUCGGUUCGCAAAUCCUUUGAGCCCAUUGAGAUUCUUGCUCUUCCCAAAUGUUUCCUUUUCGGUCCUCUACCUGGGUAUUCUGUUCGGUGUGUAUUAUUUGAUGAACACCUCGUUCGCUUGGGUAUUUGCAAACCAAUAUAAACUUGACUCUGGCAUAAUUGGUGUAUGUUACUUGCCUGCUGCUAUUGGCGGAAUGAUCGGCGGUAACAUUGGGGGAAGAUUAUCCGAUUUUGUCUACAACAAUAACGUCAAGAAAGCUACCGAUAACCAGCAAACCACAAACCCUGAGAUGCGACUCAGUAUACCGCUUUUAGGAGUUGUAGCACUAUUCCUUCUAGGCGUGCUUACAGGGUAUGGAUGGACUGUCAAACAGAAUGUUCAUUAUGCUGCUCCUAUGGCUUUCUCUUUCUUUGUUUCGGGAUCCAUCAUGCUACCUCACGUCACCUUGACUACGUAUCUCGUAGAUUCUCAUCGUAGCCAUGCUGCUUCUGCCACAUCAUGCAAUAACCUAUCACGCUACCUAUUUGCUGGUGUAGGCACAUUGACUUCAUCUGAUUUGAUGCGUGCCAUGGGAACAGGCAUUCUAUUUACCGGCUGUGGUGUUCUAAUUGUGCUUCUUGGUCUACCGGUACUCUAUGUAAAGAUGAAGCCUCAAAAGUGGGCGCAGAUGCGUAAAGCCCGUGGACUAUAAAGCAACGUCGUUAUAAAUGUGUAUAAUAAUAGCACAUCAUUUGUAAUUUUGUAUUUCAACUUCUGUAUAUUUUACAUAAUAUAAUCUAAUGCUGCUAUGAUAUUAGUAAAACACAAUGCCGGUUUGUAGUUAUACCCACUGCAAAGCAGAAUUGAAUUUCUUUUUCAAAUAUAACUCCAUUAAACACAUAAGCCAUACAUGCAGAGUUUGCCCGUUAAUUUCUAUCUGAGUAUCCCCUUAAUAAAAAGGUUGAAAUUACGAAGGGUGAAAGCUAGCGAGGUGUUGGGGAUUCGUAGUAGUCAGGGUAAUAAUUGUC